AUGAAUUUCGAAAAAUCCACUUCUCCCCGUAACAACAAUGUGGGCGAUAAAUCUGCUAGUCAAACUUCUUCAACAGCUACAACACCUAGUUCUAGUAAUAGUUUAAUUGAACCUUCCGAAGAUUCUACCUUAAACAAUGCAUCGAGCAUAUUUUAUGGAGGAGAGCGUGGUGGAUCUGGUGCCGAUGCGAGAGAUUUCAGCUUUCGAGAAUUAUGGGCGUUUACUGGGCCGGGUUUUUUGAUGUCUAUCGCUUAUCUGGAUCCGGGAAACAUCGAAUCGGACCUGCAGAGCGGAAUUGUAGCCAAAUACAGUUUGCUAUGGGUGCUACUUGGAGCAACGCUGCUAGGAUUGGCAAUGCAACGAUUGGCUGUGAAAAUUGGAGUUGUUACAGGAUUGGAUCUAGCGGAGAUGUGCCAUAAACAAUACAAAACUGUGCCUCGGUUGAUACUUUGGCUGAUGGUAGAAGUUGCUAUCAUUGGCUCUGAUAUGCAGGAAGUCAUUGGUACGGCAAUAGCCAUCUAUCUUCUCUCGUACAAACGGAUACCUUUGUACGUUGGCGUAUUGAUAACCGUAUUAGACACUAUGUGCUUUCUGUUUUUGGAUAAGUAUAAAUUGAGGCGGUUGGAACUAUUUUUUGGUUUCCUUAUUACAACAAUGGCGAUAUCAUUCGGUUAUCAAUACAUCAUCAGUGAUACACCACAAAUGGAAGUAAUCAAGGGCAUGUUUAUCCCUUGGUCAUCCGACUAUCGGCCCGGUACGCUAUUGCAAGCGGUUGGGAUAAUCGGUGCAGUUAUUAUGCCGCACAACUUAUAUUUACAUUCAGCGCUGGUGAAGUCUCGAGCAAUUAAUCGAAACGAAGUAAAAGAGGUGAAGAAAGCCAACCGUUAUUACUUUAUUGAAGCAUCAAUAGCGCUUGCUGUAUCAUUUGUCAUUAACGUGUUUGUAGUUUCUGUAUUUGCUCAUGAUUUAUAUGGAAAGACUAAUCAGGAUGUGAUCGACCGAUGCAGUAAUUCAUCAUUUUCGGAUGAUAUUCUACAAGCGUUUACGGCAAAUAAUGCUACAGCCGAUAUUAAUAUUUACAAAGGUGGUUUGGUGCUAGGAUGUUUUUACGGUGUACUGUCAAUGUAUAUAUGGGCAAUCGGCAUACUAGCGGCUGGUCAAAGUUCCACCAUGACUGGCACUUAUGCAGGACAGUUUGCAAUGGAAGGCUUUCUUAAUUUGCAAUGGGCGCGUUGGAAACGCGUAUUGUUCACCAGAACCGUUGCAAUAAUGCCGGCAUUUUAUGUUGCAUUCUUCAGCAGACUAGAGGAUUUAACCAAAAUGAAUGACAUUUUAAAUGCCGUCAUGGCUUUGCAACUUCCAUUCGCAGCGAUACCUACUGUCGCUUUUUCUUCGAGCGUGGCACUAAUGAAGAAAGAGUUCGUGAACAGAACGAUAGAGAAAGCCAUCUCCAUCACUCUCAGUUUUACUGUCAUUGGCAUAAAUCUGUAUUUUAUUAUAACCAAUCUGCAACAAGUGAAUUUGACUGCUUUUAUGAUAAUUGCCGUGGUCAUUUUCGGUACCUUCUACAUAGCUUUUAAUGUAUACCUUAUAUUACAUAUGAUGGUGAAUUUGGGAAACAAAUCAUUAGCAACCAAUUCACUCGUGAAACGGUAUAUCUUAGAUGAUGUUGAUCUGUUUUCAAAUAUGGCAACGAUAGAUAAUGGUUUAUGA